AUGGUGGUCGACCCGGUCGUUGGGGGCACCCGACUGACUAAAGUCUUGAUGGAUGGAGGCAGUGGCCUCAAUAUUCUGUACGCUGAGACCCUCCGAGGGAUGGGCAUUCCGAUGUCCAAACUCAGCGAAAGCAAUAUGCGAUUCCAUGGAGUCAUUCCUGGGAAGAAAGCCGAUUCACUCGGUCAGAUAACUCUUGAGAUGGUUUUCGGUGAUUCGACCAAUUACCGUAAAGAAAAGUUGACGUUUGAAGUUGUGGAUUUUCAUAGUGCCUAUCAUGCUAUCCUGGGCAGGGCCGCAUAUGCUCGUUUCAUGGCUCGGCCAUGUUAUGUGUACCUCAAGCUGGAGAUGCUUGGCCCUAGGGGCAUGAUCAUAGUCACUGGCAAUCGGCAGCGAGCAGAAGAGUGCCUCCGGAAGGGCUCAAAAAUUGCUGAUGAGCAAAUGGCAGCAGUUGAAAUGGAAGAAUACAAGAAGAACGCAGAUCCGAGUGAUUUGUUGAGAGCUAAGAAGCCUGCUUCAAAUUCUGCAUUUAGGUUAACUGGUGAAACAAAGGCAGUUCAUAUUCACCUGACUGACCCCAAUGCUGCUCCGACUCACAUCUCAACAACGCUCGACAGCAAAUAG